UCCCACUAAUGCCUUCAUUCUGUGAAAGUCGUAUAUAUAGAGGGAAGUUUUCUACACCUCCACUGUGCAGUCCAGCAAAGAGACUUCUCUGUCACAAAGCAACUGCACUGUCUCCUCUCCACCGCCAAACUUGCAGCAGCAGAGACCAUGGAUAUUACCAUUCAGCACCCCUGGUUCAAACGGGCUCUUGGACCUUUAAUUCCAAGCCGUUUGUUUGAUCAGUUUUUUGGAGAAGGUCUUUUUGAAUAUGAUCUCCUGCCUUUGCUUUCCUCGACCAUCAGCCCAUACUACAGGCAAUCUCUCUUCCGCACUGUUCUGGAGUCAGGUGUCUCUGAGGUAAGAUCUGACCGGGACAAGUUUACAAUCUUUUUGGAUGUAAAACAUUUCUCUCCUGAAGAUUUGAGUGUGAAGGUCAUUGAAGACUUUGUGGAAAUUCAUGGCAAACACAGUGAGAGACAGGAUGACCAUGGGUAUAUUUCCCGUGAAUUCCACCGUCGGUACCGCUUCCCAUCCAACGUGGACCAAGCGGCCAUCACCUGCUCUCUCUCUGCUGAUGGCAUGCUGACCUUCUCGGCUCCCAAGGUCCAGUCCAACACUGACCCCAGCCACAGCGAGAGACCCAUCCCUGUAUCCCGUGAGGAGAAGCCAACCUCGGCUCCUUCUUCUUAGGCUGAACCUGCUGCUGCUGAAGAAGCAUCUGGGCUGUCACACUUCACUUGCAGGCCUCCUUCACAGAGCCAUUACAUAGAUAUCAGUGAAUAUCUAGAAGGGUUUCUCUCUCUUUCUCUUUUUUGUUCUAAUUUUUCUCUUGGAUGGAAUGAGAGGCCAGGUGAGCAGCUAGAGGACUUUGAAGCUGAAGCCUAAAACCUUGUGAUGUCGGGGUGACAACGUGGGAGGCGAAAGGGUGCUGCAGCAGAUCUGACACACUUGCUGAAAUGGUCUAGGAUGCUGUGCUAGUUUGGAUAAACAUCUGCCAAGCCCCAAACAUAAGAGCUGGCCAGACAGCAGCAUUAGCUCUCAAUGCAUCAAUUGUUAAUGCUAAGUUUGGUGCAGCAAAAGCAACAGUACAGGCUUGUUCUACCCUAAAGUAAUUAAGAGCAAGCGAGAGCUAAGCUGAUUAGU